CUGAACAUAUAAUUUUAUCCAAAAAAUUAUUCAAUUUUUUACACAAUUGGCUGUUUUUUUGUUUACUAUUUCACAAAUAUUUCUAAGGAAUAGAGGUCUCAAAAUGUUUACAGAUUGAAGAAUAUUUUCUAAAUGGACUACACCAUACAGGGAUGAAUUGUCAUGGAGCUCUCAGUUUUGCUACUAAAUAUCGAUAUCGAUUAGUAUUUUUUAUGUACAGAUCUUCGGCUUGGAUGCAGUCCAUCCGCCUUUAAAUUAAAUAGUAAAUCGCGCGGAAAACAUGGUCGAGCCGAAAACUACAGCACCGCACCAACGGACCCCCACUGCCGAGACCGUUCUCCCCCUCAGCCGGGUGCGGACAAUCAUGAAGAGCUCGAUGGACACCGGCUUAAUCACGAACGAAGUGCUGUUCCUGAUGACCAAAUGUAGUGAGCUCUUUGUGCAGCAUUUGGCGCGAGAAGCCUACGCGGCCUCUUGUUCCAAGGAGACAAGUGACACCCUCAAGUAUGAGCAUCUCUCUCAGCUGGUGAACAAGAGCUCGAAUCUCGAGUUUCUUCUGCAAAUUGUUCCAGAGAAGAUACGUGUGCACACAUUCCAAGAAAUGCUAAGGCUAAAUCGUUCCGGCGCCACCAGCGAUGAUGACGAUGAUGACUCUGAAUCCGAAUCUGAGUCCGAAUCGGAUGAAUGAUACGCCAGAACCCCCAUCGCCAUCCUCACAUCAUCGACCAUCGCUUCUUUACACUCAUUGCUUGUUACUAAACGUUUGAUUAUGCCGUUAAUAAUUUACUUCUUGCAGGUUCUAUAUUAAAUUAAGUUCCGUGUUUUGUAUGUCUCCAAAUGUACUCUAUAUGAGUAAGUGCAGUUUUUAAGAAAAAUAAAUACGUAUAAUGAAACCAUAGUGCAUCUAAAAAUACCGA